UUGCAGUAACCUCGUGGUGACGCCUGGAGGUAGUAACGUGUUUUCCUGACGACAGCGUGACUGAUAGUUCCGCCUAUGACCCCGCCCCUCAGCCCGGCCUGAGUCCAUGUAAACAGCCGAUCCUCAUCCAUGUGUUGUGGACUUGUCAGCCUGGAGCACCGUAUCUUCUUGGGAAAUUUGAUGUUGCUGUUGUCACCAUGGCCUCAGCCUCAAGCUAUGCUCCCCCAAAACUGGCAGACUUCAUCCUCACAGAGCGGCUCGGCAGUGGUUCUUACGCGACAGUCUAUAAAGCCUACAGAAAGGGGGACAGUCGUGAGGUGGUGGCAGUGAAGGUGGUUGAGAAGAAGACUCUAAACAAGACUUCUACAGAAAACUUACUCACUGAGAUUGAAAUCCUCAAGACUGUGCAUCAUCCUCAUAUAGUUCAACUCAAAGAUUUUCAGUGGGAUGCUGAGAACAUAUAUCUGAUUUUGGAGUGGUGCUCGGGUGGAGAUCUCUCCAGAUUCAUCCGCAGUCGCAGGAUUUUAUCUGAAAGUGUGGCUCGGCGCUUUCUGCAACAGAUAGCCUGUGCCCUCCAGUUUCUCCAUGAACGAAAUAUCUCACACCUGGACUUGAAACCUCAGAAUAUUCUUCUCAGUGGCUCUGCUCUCAAACUAGCAGAUUUUGGUUUUGCUCAGUACAUGUCACCAUGGGAUGAGCAGAGUGCACUGAGAGGUUCUCCUCUUUACAUGGCUCCUGAGAUGGUGUGUCGACGUCAGUACGACUCCAGGGUGGAUCUCUGGUCAGUUGGAGUUAUUUUCUAUGAGGCUCUUUUUGGGCGCGCGCCAUUCGCAUCAAAGUCUUACGCUGAAUUGGAGGAGAAGAUUCGGAGUAACCAACCUAUUGAGCUCCCUCCUGGGGCCAGGGUAUCCAAGGACUGCAGGGACCUUCUGCUGCGCCUGCUGGAGAGAAAUCCAGAUGUCCGGAUCACCUUUGCGGAAUUCUUCACCCACCCUUUUGUGGAUUUAGAGCACAUGCCAAGUGCAGAGAGCCUUGUGAAAGCGAAAGAGCUGGUCACACAGGCUGUGCAGAAGGACCAGGAGGGGGAGAGGCCUGCUGCUCUCUCUAUGUACUGUGCUGCCCUAGAGCACUUUGUCCCCGCUAUUCACUACGAGGUAGAUCGACAACGGAAAGAUGCCAUCAGGCAGAAGGUCAGGCAGUAUGUGUCCAGAGCCGAGGAGCUGAAAGCCCUGGUGGCCUCAGACAACAGACUGAGCUUUGAGGAGGCCAGAACCUCCAGGGAUGUCCUAAGAGAAAUGUCUCGAGACCAGCCACGACUGCUGGCUGCUUUGGAGAUGGCCUCUACUGCCAUUUCUAAGGAAGAGGGUGGAGCGGAUGAGCAUGAGACCUUGGACAUGUACCAGCAGUGUUUAGGGGAACUACUCUUGGUGCUAGCAGGUGAGGCAGCUGAGCCCCAGGGCCGCAGGAGAGAGCUGCUCCACAGUGAGAUUAAAAGCCUCAUGACCAGAGCUGAAUACCUCAAAAAGGACAUCAAGAUGCAGGAGACUCAGCGAGACGUGUCCCUGGAUCGAGAGCCUCUUGCAGACUCCGUCAGAAGCUCCUGCUGUUUGCAGUAACUGUGACGUUGACCACGACAACCAACAGGGAACCGGAGGAUCCGGCCGGCAGUGGUCAACCGACCAGGGCCAAAUCCAACCUGCAUCACACCCAAAUUAUAUUUAAUCCUCUCAGUCUGUCUGGAGUGUUUCAGUAAGCCCUUACAGUAAAAUAUGGUAAUUUUAUGGUAUUAAUGUACACGGAUGUAAUAUUAUGGUAAUAGCAAUACCAGUAAAUGUGUGUGAGGAUGAAUUUCAACUUUAUAAUAUGGCAUUUAUCAAUUUUGAACACCAAGCAGGUUCAUCGGCUGGAUAUUACUGUGAAAAUAACAUUUAUUGUAAUAUUAUAAACCUAUUACCACACCUUUGUUAAACAAGCUGGGAUUUUAAUUAGAAAUAAGAUCAUAUCGCCAUAAUAUCACCUCCGUGUUACAAAUGAUUACCAUGCUGCACUCUCAUGUCAAGUGUCACCAGUAUUUCUACUGGGUGAUUUGUUUGGUGAAAACUCGUUUUGUGUUUAGAAGUUAAAAAAACAAAGUUUGGCUGGUAAAAUAGCUGUUGAAUUCUGGGUCUGCACACUGGUGAAUGUGAAAGUUCCCCCGCACUUUACACUGCGUCGGUGCAACUGCGUAGCCUCAAAUCCACACCAUUGAUAUGUAAAUGUUGGAGCGCUUGUAUGACAAUACCACACUGUCAUGGUAAAGUAGUUAGACUGAGACAGUGCUGUCUCGUUAUGGGCCAGUGGGAAGUGUUAGCAGUGUGUGCAAAAAGAAUGCAAAAAAAAAUAAUAAUAAAACGUCAGCUGUGACGUGAAGUAUCACAACAGUUUUAACUGAAGUCGUAAGUACUUUAUAUUGAGGUCCUGCCAAACUUGCACAUACUCCCUCUCCCCCCUUACCCCCUCCCACCACCAUCCUCUUCCCCACUGCCUUUACUGUGGGUCAACCACAGGCUCACCAUGCCCUCUCCACUGAUGGAGCCCUCUCCACCACGAUGAGGGGAAAACUGGAGAGGUGCGGCCUCUGCCUUAUUUACACUAGUCCUGCAUUUUCUUAGGUUUGGCAACGGACGGGGAUUUGAGGCUUACAGUGUGCUGUGGCACUCAAGGAAAAAUGUGUAGCUGGGCCUCCGUGAAACGGUCACAAGCUUCUGAAACAGUUGUAGCAGACUUAAUAUCACGCGCUGUUGUCGGUCUUCAUGGACCGGUCUAUACGUUUCUUUACCUGCACCGGAGAGCUUUACUCUGUGAAUAUUACGUUCAAAGUGAAACUGAAGUCAAAUGAGGGGAAAAAAUAUAAAUACUGUAAUUUGCCUGGCCAAGGUGUCCACACUGCUGUGUUAUUUUAUUUUUUUAUUUGAAUGUUUAUACAGCUGUGAUUUUAUAAUAAUAAGGAUAAGGUAUUUAUUAAUUGAGAAACACUGUGGAAAAUAAAAAAUUAAAAGUG